ACCGCCCCCCUUCCCCGCCCUAGGACAAUGGCUAGUCACAGCGAACGCACCUUCAUCGCCAUCAAGCCCGAUGGCGUCCAGAGGGGCCUGGUGGGGGAAAUCAUCAAGCGCUUCGAACAGAAGGGUUUCCGCCUGGUGGCCAUGAAAUUCCUCCACGCAUCAGAAAAGCUUCUAAAACAACAUUACAUUGACCUGAAAGAUCGGCCAUUCUACCCUGGUUUAGUUAAAUACAUGAAUUCUGGACCUGUUGUGGCCAUGGUUUGGGAAGGUCUCAAUGUGGUUAAAACUGGUAGAGUUAUGCUGGGAGAGACCAACCCUGCAGAUUCUAAGCCUGGUACAAUCCGUGGUGACUUCUGCAUUCAAGUGGGAAGGAACAUUAUUCAUGGCAGUGACUCCGUAGAAAGUGCUGAGAAGGAAAUUAACCUGUGGUUCCAGCCCACAGAGCUUGUUGACUUCAAAUCUUGUGCUCAUGACUGGAUCUAUGAGUAAAAUAAGUCUCCAGAAUGAAUUGUGCCUUACCACAACAUCUCAUUCCAGCAGCUAUAGAUCUGGGAGCAACUCUGGUCACAAAUUUCACAGCAGUAUGUAAAAGUAUCAAAUAAAUAGAUUACAGAAA